ACUCAAGUCAUGUUGGGGAGACAACCGUAUUUACGAAGUGUGGUGGCUUUAUUAAUACUUAUUGGAUUUAUAGAACCAAGUGAAAAGGAAAAGUAACAAAACAAAACAACAUUACACUACUAAAACUAACAAUCAUUAUUGAUUAGACGUGUAUCUAAAUUAUAUUUAUUGCUUCAUGAAUACAAAUGACAUUCCAAUAGUAAUCAGAAUGAAUGAAACAGUUAGAAAUGGGAAAUAACAUGUUUUAAAACAUUGAAAUAUUCGUAAAACAUGAAGUUACAAGUUGGGAUUAUUUCUGCAAUUGUGGUGAUUUCUAUGGUCAAUGGAGAUGACUGUGAUUGUGCAAAAUAUGGGGCCAUCAAACGUACUACUGAGGAUAUUAUAAUCCUCAUGAGCAGCCCUCCAGAUUUGGCGGAUACAACUUCAUUUGUUAAAGAUGUUGAAAACUCGUCCAGUAUCUUAGACAAAUACAAAAGAGACUGUCUCAAAUCCAAAAUAAAGAAACUGCAAAAGAAAGUCAAAGUGGCAGUUUCUGUAGUGAAUGACUGGGCCUCGGCUGGAGAGCCUACAAAACAACUUAAGAGAAAAAUGAAGUCCAGUUUGAAGAAGGUGUUGCGGUUAGCAAACAGCUUGUUAAAAGGGGUAGAUGAUGAGUUGUCCACUUGUGAUGGGGAGCCAGUUGUACCGACAACACCAGAGGAUACUAGUGAAGUUCUUCCUGGCCAGCCACCCAAUAUUAUAAUGGUGAUAUUUAAUAGCCUGGGAUACACUGAUGUAGGAUUUCAUAAUGAAUACAUGAUGACACCUACACUGGAUAGAUUGGCAAAGAGUGCUGUACUGCUGGAUAAUUAUUAUGUACAACCAAGGUCUUCACAUACAAGAGCAAACAUCAUGAUUGGCAAGAGCCAUUUUCACACUGGACAGCAGGGUGAUAUCAACUUAGCUAAGGCCCACUGCAUGCCUUGUGACUGCAUGACCGUUGCAGAGAGGCUCAGGGAAGCUAACUAUUCUACUCAUUUAGUAGGACAGUGGCAUCUUGGAUUUUACACCAAAUAUUGCUUACCACAGAAUAGGGGGUUCGACACAUUUUUUGGAACAUACGGUGGGAACGACAUGGAUCACUUUGAGCAUAUAACAUGUCGGUGUAGUAGUAACCAAAUACAAGACCGAGAAUGUAGGCUAAAGUGGUGUGGUCUAGAUCUGCAUAAUACAGAUGGUUCUCCAGCCUGGGAUGCACAGGGAACAUACUCUACUACUCUCUUUAAGGACAAGAGUGUGGAUAUCAUCAAUACACAACCAAGAAAUAAACCAUUCUUUUUGGUGACAUCUUUUACUGCCCCCGCAGGAUUUCGCCCCCCAAGUGUUGAUGAGUUCGAAAAGAUGCAAACCGAAAAACUUAAAACUACCAGUGGUGCACGUACAGCGUAUGGAGGUAUGGUGACAGCCAUAGACAGUGCAAUACAGGAUAUAAUAGAUGCACUAAAAGAAAGGGGUAUUCAAAAUAACACCGUGGUUAUUAUCACAAAUGAUAGGAGUGGUUCUGAUAGAACGAAUAUUGACAAUCUUUCUUUCUCGUGGCCACUUCGGGGAUCCAGGCCAAGGUACUGGGAAGGUGGCAUAUGGGGCCUUGGGAUCGUCACUGCUCCUUGGAUUCCAGCACAGGUUUCAAACGGUCUCAUACAUUCUACUGAUUGGUAUCCCACCAUACUGUCAAUUGCUGGAGUAAAUGUUAGCACAGUUAAUGUAUGUGAUAUUGAUGGCCUUGAUGUGUGGGAUCAUAUAAGGACUGGUGCAGCGAGUCCAAGGACUGAGCUUUUACAUAACAUGGAACUUACAGGUCCAAGAAUACGAGGUGUGGCACAAUACAAUGGAACGUGGAAUACUUCUCUACAUGCGAUCUACAGGAUGGGAGAUUACAAAAUAUUCACAGGACAGAAUGGACGGAGCGAUUGGAAGAAACCACCUGAACUGACAAAUAACUCUGUAGUUGAAAUUGAAAGUUUAAAUGAACCAAAGACAAAAAAUCUAUGGCUGUUCGAUAUAGCAAAUGACCCUUAUGAGAGGAAUGAUAUUAGUGCCACAAAUGUAUCACAAGUCAUGCUAAUGCUUGAUCGCUUAUUGGAGUUAUCCAAAGAUUACGUGGGACCAUCACAGUUCGUGAAAGAGGAAAGUUCUGGAUUUGGUGGAGAAGGUAGAAACAUUUGGCAGCCAUGGAUAAACGAAACAUGCUCCGACAGAUCUAUUAAUUUUCAUGGUAUCAAUUGGGAAUGAAUGUGUAAAGUUGUUAAAUCUAAUAAAUUAUAUUGCAAGCUUCAGUGUAAAAUGAAC